CACAGGAAGCUGGGGGGCUGCCAUUUUUCCCUGCUGCUGCUAACAUUUUAGAUGCUAAGGAGAAAGGAGGGGUGGUUUUCGUUGGUAAAUUUUUUAUAUUUAAUUUACCCCCAAAGAGUUCAAAACAUUCGUUCCUUUCUCCACCCCUUGUUGUAAACAUAACUAUUGAAUGAAUUCGGCAUGGAGAAAAUAGUGGAACAGUCUUGGAAUUCUUCCUACACCUACCAGGUGAGCAAGCAUAGCGCGGAGAUGCUACACAACCUUAACAUUCAGAGGAAAGAUGGAGGCAGGUUUUGCGAUGUGAUCUUGCGCGUCGGUGAAGAGAGCUUUCCUGCCCACAAGGCGGUACUGGCCGCGUGUAGUGAGUACUUCGAAUCGGUCUUUGGCUGUCAAACAGAGGGCGACAGCGAGGCAAAGGAGCUUGAAAUGCAUACCAUAAGCCCUAAAGUUUUUAAAGACAUUCUAGACUUUGCUUACACUUCUAAGAUUGUGGUACGCCUGGAAUGCUUCCCCGAGUUGAUGACAGCAGCCAAGUUUCUGUUAAUGCGAUCAGUCAUCGAGAUAUGUCAGGAGGUAAUAAAACAGUCUAACGUACAAAUUCUUGUUCCACCUUCACGAGGAGGGGACUCCAGCUUGUUCCAUUCAGGAGCCCCGGAUUUGGGCUUCCAAGCGACUCAACAGGAUAUGCCAAAUGGUACUGAAAUGUUAUCAAAUGGCUCAAUUUUUUCUAACAUUGGACAACCGCACAACUUGGAUGGAAACAGUGAUACGUCACUGGUCGGUAGCCCUUCGUCAACAAUGCCAGUUUUGCACCCUGCCGGUCUUUUGCCAGUGUCUCCAUCAUCAGAGAUGACGGGGAAUCAUUUUCAAGAGGAUGUCUCGCCUGGAUCUAAACGAGGCAGAGGGCGGCCAAAGAAAGGGACAGUCAUGGAGCCUAUACAUUUUAAUCACAGCACCCCUAAAGACAAUGGCUUAUUUCCUUGUAGAAUUUGUGGGAAAGCAUUUACAGAGGCGACACGCUUAAGAAACCACGAAGCACAGCAUGGAGCAUCCACCGGUGGUGUAAACAGUAGCAGCGAUACCUUGCCCGCUGCAGACGGCCCUAUGUUGAUAUCUCAAUCACAACCAGGUCUGUUGGAAAAUGGCAUAUCCAUGCACGGCAUCGAAGAUAACAGUCGUAAACGUGAAAGGACGAGACGUCACGUUGGUUGUGACAUUUGUGGGAAAGUUUUUCGUGAUGUUUACCACCUGAACCGACACAAGCUUUCUCACUCCGGAGAAAAGCCAUACGCGUGUCAUGUAUGCGGCCUUCGUUUCAAACGCAAGGACAGAAUGUCAUACCAUGUGAGGUCACACGAUGGCUCCGUAGGCAAACCUUACGUGUGUCAAAGCUGUGGGAAAGGGUUUUCAAGGCCAGACCAUCUGAAUGGACACAUCAAACAAGUUCACACAACAGAGAGACCCCACAAGUGCCAGAUCUGUAAUGCCUCCUUUGCCACGAGAGACAGACUGAGAUCCCACCUGGCAUGCCAUGAGGACAAGAUCCCCUGCCAGAUUUGUGGCAAAUUCCUCCGGGCUGCAUAUAUGACCGACCACCUCAAGAAACACAGUGAAGGAACUCACAAUUACUGUGGCAUAUGCAACAAAGGUUUCUCCACAGCAUCCUACCUUAAGGUGCACGUAAAAACGCACCAUGGCUCACCUCUCCUCCCCGCUGCCACAGCACACAGCUUCCCUGAGCCGCGGGGGGAACCGCCGAUGCACAACGGCGCUCCUUACCACACAGGACGCCAGUGCGCAGUGGAAGACCUGUGCACUACUCGCCGGCUGCUGGUCACCUUCCCUGAGGCAGAAGGUCGCUUUCGAGGGUUUUCUGGACCCCCAGUUCUCUCCCAGCCCUGCCCCCCUACCUUGAGCCUGCAGCCUGAGUUGCUCUUGGGAAAGUCAGGGGGUGCGCCAUAUUUCUGGGAGUGUCGCUCUGGCGGGGCGCCUGGCUUCCCUUUCCACGGGCCUCUCGCAGACGGGCAGGAGAAUGUUGGGAAGUGCCCCCAUCAGGAAUCUGAAGAGUCAGACCCUUCUUUUGGGGAGCUGUCGAACGGGGAUGAGCUCAAGUCUCCACACAAGCCUGAUGGUGAGGAACAGGGGAUGACGCCUCUAGCGUGCAACGGAGCCUCUGCUGGUGCUUUGGCAUCACCAGGGGGCACCAAAGUCAAGACAGAUUUAGAGAAAAAAUUCCCUUGCAGCGACUGUGGCCAGGCUUUCCGUACCAAGUCCUACCUCAACAAGCACCAACACAGGGUGCACAAGGCUCCGAAAGGCCAUAGCAGUACAGCGUCUGGGUUAGGGGAUCUUGCCCCCUCCCUAAGCUCACCCUUUUCCCCUCAACAGAACAUGUCCCUGUUGGAGUCUUUUGGCUUUCAGAUAGUACAGUCUGCUUUUGCCUCCUCGCUGGUGGACUCUGAGGCAGGCCACAGUGGGAUUGGCCUUGGGGAAAAGUGACUCUAGUGCUGAUGAGUCUGUGCGAACUGCCUUUCUCCAGAUGAGGGCUAGAUUUGAUCAGUCACCUGGCAUUCAGCAUCUCAGCUUAACUAGACUUUCUUGGAAGACUACUCUGCUGUUCAGAUAUUCAUAAUAUUUUGUCAUGUCUCUGUAUUAUGGGCUAUAAUUUGUUGAUAUUUACCAUUUUGGAGCUAAAUAAAUUGUAAAUACAUUUUCUUUACAUUAAGCAACAUCAUUGAUUUGUGUACCAAGUUAUACCCAUAUUUGCUUUGCUCAGUUUAUUUAAUGACUUUACUCUCUGUAAUGUAUAAUCAAGCCCUUUCAAUUCAUUACCAAAAACUCAUGUUAUCUACUUGACAAAUAAGGAUUUUGCUAAAAGCAUUGUCAACACUAAAGAGACCAGGUAAUUAGCAGACAAUAAGACUUAACAAUAAUCCUUUGCUACCAAGCUGUUGAAAACACAUUUAAAACAAUCAUAUCAAAUCUUGCAGUUGUGGCCCCGUCUUCACUUCAUAGCACCUGGCUGCUAGAGGCUUGAGAUGAAUCCCUAACUACACUGCAGCAAAGCCAAUUCAGACCCCCCCCCCCCCCCCCCCCCCCCUACACACACAAAAAGAAAAGGGUAAGGAUUAUGCCCAUUGCCUCAAGCGAUUUGAGAAUGUUUAGCUCUGGAAUUCUAAGAUAAGUUUGUUUGUUGGUCACGUAAUGUGAAAUCAAUUCUGCAUUAUAAACAGGGACCAAAUUCAGGUUUGACUAUUGAAAUUGAGAAAUGUAGAGUAUAUUUUAUUAACUUAUUCAUUGCCCUGUUUGCUUUGUGCAACUUUUUUUAAUUGUUUAUUGAAAUGUUGAUGUAGUCUGCUGAUAUAGCAAAUUUUUCUAAGUUAUGUUAGAAUCAGGAGGCCUAACUGGUAGUAUAACAAGUGUAAGCGAGCGUGCUAAUUUUGUCUGUGUUUUAUUUUCUCUGAUAUGCUUUUAUUGUCUUAUAACAUCAAAUUCAGUUGAUUGAUCAAGCUCCGUACAUUCCUUUUUUAUUUAUAGUUCUAUUGUUGUGAUUGUAACAAGUGUAUAUUGUAUACACUAUACAUGUAUAUGAUCAAAUAGGGAGCCUGUACAUAGGUUAAUGUUUUUUCCUUGUCCAUUAUGUAGUUGGAUGUAGAUUUUGCUUAUUUGAAAGUAACCACACUGCACACCCAGUGAACAGUGUUAUAUACUCUGUUCUAGUAUAAUUAUGUGGGUUUGAUUUGGGAUGGAAUGUUGUCCACUGGAUGGUGACAAGUAGUAUCACUGUUCAUUAUAAACACUGUCACCUUGCUUUGGUAGUGCUUACUCUACCUGUAGCAUAACUCGUGGCUUGACCAAUCAGUCUGCCUAGGCCAUUAGUACCCUACUUUGAGCUCCUCCAUAAUAGGGAUGCGCUUGCAUUCUCACUGUGGAUGGAAUACAAGUCAGCCCCAGACUUAUUUUAUGUUAUUUAUUGGAUGAGUGAGAGACGUUUAGAAAUAUGCUCUUAUGCUACAGUCGGUAGUUGUGGCACAAUGGAAUGGCUCAUUGUUUAUAUAUACUGGCUGUCUGGUGGUGUUGUUUCUCACCCAUGUUGGUACUCGGUGUAUGGGAUGUUUUUUGUGUGUGAUUUUGUAGAUACUCUUACUGUUUUAUCAUGUUAUUUUGGUCUGUUGCAAAGUGCCUUCCAAAUACUGAUAGUGCACAGCAGUGGAUUAAAAAGGACCUCUUUUUUAAAAGGUAAAUCAUACAAGGAGUAACUUGCAUUGACACUUUUGUAUAAAAACAUGCACACACAAGAUGUACAGUAUGUUAACUCUGUAUUUUAUCAUUGUAUUCUGCAAGAUUGUUCUUUAAACAUGUGAGUUACAUGUUUUGUUAUAAAUCUUUGGACAUAUUUCAAUAUAAGCAUACUUUUCUAUAGAUGUUUGUUUUUGUACUCAGUUUUUGAGUCUGUUGUCUCCUAUUGCUACAGAGGUGAGCGAUGAAAUAAACAUUUAUUUGAAACUCUUA